GAACGAGUCUGACGCUUCUUUCAGGAACCGAAAGUGAUACGCAGAAUACUGAGCUUGUGCAUCAGAGAGAUAUCCUGUAUCAUUUCUCGCAAGCUACAAGGAAAAUAAUGUCAGAGAUGAGUUCAAUCCAGGUGAGUUUACAACCAAAACUGGAUCAGCUGGAGUGUCACUUCACUUGGGACAUUAAAAAAGUUGAUCUAGUCUUAACAGAUGUCCUGAAUAGGCUUGAGGAACAGGUCAAGAUGGGUUUAGGACAGGAGUUAGGAGUCGCACGAACUCAUUGCUCUUUAGGAUAUCUGGAAUUCCUUCUUGAGCACAAAGAAAGGGCCCUUACCCACCUGUUGAAAUCCGAGACACUCAUUAAAGAAAACCUUGGAGAGAACUGUGACAAGACUCUAAUUGUUACCUAUGGAAAUUUAGCCUGGAUAAACUACCACAUGAAGAACUUCUCAGAGUGUGAAAGUUACCUGAUAAAGCUUCAGAAGAUUAAUGAAACAUUGCCAACCCAGCCUUCAUCUGUUCCAGAGGUGCUGGGUGAGAAAGGAUGGGCCUAUCUUAAAUUCUCUCACAAAUAUUAUGGCAGAGCCGUAGAAGUUUUCCAGAAGGCUGUGGAACUGGAUCCAGAAAAUAGCGAGUGGAACGCUGGUUAUGCCAAGGCUCUGUAUCGCAUGGAACCUGGUGCAUCUUGCACUGUGGAUUCACCUGCGAUCAAACAGCUGAGAUUGGCCAUUGACGACAACCCAGAUGACAAUGCUUCGAGAAGUCUUCUAGGACUUAAACUUUUGUUUUGUUCCAAAAAGUUGAUGGAUGAGUCUGAGAAACUAAUGGAGAUAGCUCUGAAAGGCUCUCCAGAAGAUCCACAUGUCAUAAGGUAUGUUGGGAAAUACUUCAGGAAUCAGGGAUCUGUGGACAGGUCCAUUGCACUGCUGAUGAAAGCACUUGGAAGAUCACCAGACUCAGGUUUCAUACAUCAUCAGUUGGCAAUGUGCUACAAGAAAAAGAAAAUUGAUUUACAGAAAAAAAAUCCAGACAGAGGAAGCCAGAGGAACCCAGACAGAGGAAGCCAGACUGAGGUAAACAAUGCACGAAAUGAGUGCAUCUACUACUUAGAAAAGGCAACUUCUCUGAAAGCGAACUUUAUCUUUGCCAUGAGUGAGCUUGCACUACAAUACGGAGAGAGAGGGGAACUGUCCAAGGCAGACAAUCUGUUCCACAGAACAUUUAAGACAGCUAGAGAGAAAAAUGAUAGUGUCCAUGUUGUCCACUGUUUCUUUGCUGAGUUUCAGCAGUACAGUAAGAGAUGUGAGAAAUUAGCAAUCAGGCACUACAAGGAUUGUUUCGAAAUGAAUCCACAUUCUAGUGAGGGGAAAAGAAGUGCAAAGAAACUGAUGAUCAUUGCUCAGAGGCGUAUCAAGGUUGAGCCAGAUGAUUGGGAGGCCAAUGAAAUACUGGGAUUAAUUUACCAACACUCUGAGGCCACCAAGAGCUAUUUGGCCACUUCAGACAAUGAAGAGGAUGAUGAAUACCAUAAUAAUCUUAGUGAGUGCUUUAAAGGAUGCACAAUUGAUGGUUAAAAAACCAAUAGGUCUUAAUGGGCUAUAUGCACGCAUAAGUUCCGCAUUUGACGCAAGGAUGCUCAACAGUUUUCCGGUUGGGGGAUUAAAGCAGAGGAAAACCGAGGAAAAUGGGAUUAUGGCAGAGUCUUCAAAAUGUACUGUCCUCCCGUCUUUGAAACGAAACG